AUGCAAGGAAUCAGAAUUAUAAGAUGUAGCCUAUCGAGAUUUUUAAUUAUUGCUCGAAUCCAUUUGAGUUUAUCACCCUUUGAACCAGCCCACUUUGCAAAUCCAACCGUUGAGAGACCAUUGAGUUCUAAAUUUUCAAUUGGUUUCUCUUCUUUCUCUACUUCAAGUCAUGAAACCCCUACCACGCCGAAGAAUCUCAAAGAGCCAGAAGAAUGUUGUAGUGAUAAUGACGAUAAUGACAGUGAUAUGGACAAGGAUGAUGAUGAUGAUGUUGAUGUUAGAGGAUUGAAUUUAAGCGAUGAUGGUCUUAUUCAGGAUGCGAAAACCAUUGUGAAUAUGUUGCAAGAAUCGAGUGACAAUCGUGUGGAAAUGAAAAACAAGAUUGAGCAAUGUGGGGUUAAGGUCUCACAAGAGUUGGUCUUGGAGGUACUUUCUAGGGUACGAAAUGAUUGGGAGGCGGCGUUUACUUUCUUCUUGUGGGCUGGUAGGCAGCCGGGUUAUGCUCAUUCUGUACGUGAAUAUCAUUCCAUGAUUUCUAUUCUUGGUAAAAUGAGAAAGUUUGAUACAGCUUGGGCGUUGAUUGAUGAGAUGAGGGGAGUUAAGACUGGUGUAUCUCUUGUGACUCCACAGACUUUGUUGAUCAUGAUUAGGAAAUACUGUGCAGUGCAUGAUGUUGGUCGGGCUAUAAACACUUUUUAUGCGUAUAAAAAGUUUAAAUUUGAUAAGGGGAUUGAGGACUUUCAGAGUCUUUUAUCUGCUCUUUGUCGGUACAAGAAUGUGCAAGAUGCUGAGCACUUGAUGUAUUGCAAUAAAGCUGUAUUUCCGCCUAAUACAAAGAGUUUUAACAUCGUGCUGAAUGGUUGGUGUAAUUUGAUUGGUAGUCCUCGUGAAGCAGAGCGGGUAUGGAGGGAGAUGAGCAAGAGGGGGUUCGAUAUGAUGUUGUGUCAUAUGCAAGUAUGCUGUCUUGCUAUUCGAAGGCAGGUAGUCUUUAUAGAGUUCUGA